AUGAUCCAUUAUUUGAAGAACAAUUUCGCAAUUAUCGAAAUUCAAAGACUUCACGUUAUUCAUCAUGUCACAGCAGUCUCAGUCUCAGUCUCAGCUUCAGGCUUUUGAUCCAGAGACAGGGAGUGAUCCCAGGCAAGGUGGAAAUCGUCAACACAUUUUGGAUAAAUUACUACCUUGUUAUGCCAGGCUACCCCUAGCCUUGCAAAAUACUCUAAAAUGGAUGAGUGAAAAUUUUGAAAUAGAAUCCAACUUGGGACGCGGGCUAUAUAUUGCGGCUUAUAUGAUUGUUAUCUUUAUGUAUCCUUUCCAUUACUACGCUUAUGUGAUCAAACAAGAUCAAAAUUGUCUCGAAAUCGACAAUGAAUUAUACGCCACGAUUGCUGCUGUCGUCUUCUUUAAUGCUUAUAUGCUGCUCUAUACUCCCAAUUUUUUGAAAAAAGUCUUUGCACCUGGUCAUGGUCAUUAUUCUAAAACCGCGAUUGGACAUUUCAUCUUUACUCAAAUACCAGUAUUGUUGAUGACAUUGACAGUUAUUCCUGAUUUGACAACGGGAACGACAGACAAGAUCUUUUUGACGACAGCUAACUUGUUUCUUUUCGGAUAUAUUCUACUGGUUAUUGGACUGUCAUUAACUAUUAAAUAUGCUACUGAGGGUACUGAGAGUACAGGCUAUCUUGCCCAUGCUAAGUGGGCCAAUGCUGUAUACAAUCUUUUUCUUUACCUACUUGGAGGCCACGUAUUUGGUGCGUUAUGGUACUCUUUUGCUGUCGAUAGAAUUUUGGCGUGUUGGAGGGAAGACUAUUUUGCAACGAAUAAAUUUAAUCCUCGUUCUUUCGUCUGUCGUGAUAAACAUAAGAAUAUAGGAGAGCUAAACUGUCCUAGAUUAACAAAAAUUGCUAGCGAGAUCGCAGGGUUUGGAAUAUUCGAGGAUGCUCUUAAGUCUGGUGUUGUGCAUUUCAAACGCCAAUUUCUGAAGAAGUUUUUAUACUGUUUAAGAUGGGGCCUGCAAGCUCUCAGUUGUUUCGGCCAAAACCUGUUACCAAGUACAUUUAUCGUGGAAAAUAUUUUUGUGGUUUCUAUAAUCAUCUAUUCCACGGUGCUGUUUGUCUUUUUAAUCGGAAAUAUGCAGACAUAUCUGGCACCCGAAGAUAAGCAGACGGAGUCAGAGGAAAAAAAAAAAGAGACGUCGGUUCUAUUGCCUAUACAUGAGGAGAUGACGUUGUUUCAGGUACAAGAGCCGGAGCAGUGGACUUUAAUAUUGAAGGAACAAACGGCGGAGCAGUGCGUGUCCUUCCGGAAGCUCCGUCAAGAAUUGCAAAUGGAGGUGAUAAACAAUUUGCAGCUAAACAAAUGGCGAGCAACCAAAAUUCUUCACAUAGAAACUUUGUUCAAUAUUCUUCCUGAGGAUCUCCUCAGAGACAUAAAGAUCGAACUUUGCUUACCGCAGUUGAGGAAUAUCAAGGUAGAAGAGUUUCGAAACUUGGGGGAACUAGCGUUGAAGGAUCUGUGUUAUCAUGUCAAGCUAGUUUUCUAUCUUGACCGCACUCUGAUUUUCCGGGAAGGAGACCCGAUUACCGAGAUGCUCUUCGUGCUGCACGGAGAAAUACGGACACACAACUCCAGAGGCAUUGGUUAUUUGAAAGAUGGUGGAUUCUUUGGGAAAGAACUUGUCACCUCGUUUAAUAAUCAGGCUGAAGCCUACUUAUCCAGCCUCCCAAUCUCACCAAAAACUGUUCAGGCGAUUACGAAUGUGGAAGCCUUUGUUCUCAUGGCUUAUGACUUGAAGAAAGUAUUUACUAAGCACAAUCAGCAGCAAGCAAAUUAAACCUUUAGAUGAUUUCAGAAGGACAAUAAAUAUACUGGUCAGAUAUUUUGAUUAAUUGAUUUAUGAUUUAUCAGGUAUAAAAUAUAAAACAUUCAUCAACUUGUUUGAAAGGUUUUAGUAGUGGAGGCAGAAAUAAAUUAAUUACUCUGUGUGAA